AUGAUUGCUGAUCGGAUUCAAAACUUGUCUGAAUUGCUACGUCCACUAUGGUAUUCUCUAAAUGAUAGAAGAAGACGAAGAAGAAACAAUGACAAGAAGGGAGAUGAAAUGGAACAAAACGCACUGGAAAAAGAGCUUCAUCGACAGUUAGACGAGCGUCUCAUCUUUCAGGCGUCAUCGUCGUCAAUGUCAUCAUCAUCAUCAAUUUCAUCGUCAGCCUCAUCCUUGCAAAGUGAUGCCAGUAACCUGAGCUGGGAUGAUUAUCAUACAGGCAGAAAGCUAGGAGAAGGAAACUUUGGUGUCAUUCAUGAGUUGCUUCAGAAACAACAGACAUCUUCGCCUGAUACUUUCACUCGUCAGAAUCAGAAUCAGAAUCAUCAGCAUUGCGCAACGGAGACCAACAAUUGCUACGCCAUUAAGCGAGCGCAUAAUUUGCCACAACUCAACAACAAUAAAUUGUCGAGAAGACGAAAACGAAGACUACGGCGUCAACACCGGCUUCAGACUCUAGUAGACUUUGAGUCCGAGUUGCGAAUACUUCAGUCAGUCAAUCAUCCGAAUAUCAUCAUGACCUAUGGGGUAUUGGAACAGCAACAACAACAACAUCUACAACAUCCGCAUGAAGAAGAAGGUGAUGGAGUCUCGUCAACAUUAUCAUCCAUGCUCGUAAUGGAACGAUUGUAUGAAACCUUAGAAGAACGAAUGGAAGCAUGGAAACGAAAUCAACUACGUCAGUCGUAUUAUCAUCAUUCUCAUUCUGAACAGCAAGGAUUGGACUUGCCAGUCAAUCGCAGACGGUUGGAGCUAGCACUGGAUAUAUCCUCUGCCUUGGAUUAUUUGCACGACCAAAGGAUACUUCACCGGGACAUUAAACCAUCCAAUAUUGCGUUUGAUAGGAAUGGUACUGUAAAGCUAUUUGACUUUGGAUUGGCCAGAGGCUUCCACUCCUCUCCAUCCAAGGGGACUUCUCCCCUUUGGAAGUAUACAUCUGCCGUGGGUUCUCCUCGAUACAUGGCUCCGGAAGUGGCACUGGGCUUACCAUACAAUGAACUUUGUGAUGUCUAUUCAUUUUCCUUGCUGCUCUGGGAGUUGUUGUCAUUGCAAAAGCCCUUUCAGCAUCUGAGUCCAGUGUCAAUGCGGGAAUCAGUCUUUUUGUCAAAGGAACGACCCCGGAUUCACUGGAGUACCUGGCCAAUUGUCCUUCAAGACUUGUUGGAGAGAAGUUGGAGUUCUUGUUUGAGUGAACGACCCAGUAUGAAUACUGUUGCCCUCGAAUUGGGGGAUGUCUAUUCGUGGAUGCAAUAUGCGGAGGAGGAAGAAUCCAAGAUGGACGACGAUCAUUCUCCAGCCUUUGCCAUGCCUCCGCAGUUGUUGCCUCUUGUGGCUGUGUGA